UCAGAACAAAGUAUGUGGACUCGUAUCCCAUUGAGGAUAGUGAUAUGAUAUCGAACAAAACGGUACAUGAUUUUGCUGGAAGCAAAAAUAAUGUUGGAAGUACUAACAAAAGUAAGCGUAAAAAAGUGAGGGAUCCGAUAAAACGAGUUGGCUGGUAUGGCCCAUCGGAUGUUGGAGAUCUAGUAGAUGAACAGGAAAGUAUGGACUAUCCUAGGCGGUACGAGGAAUCCGAUCCACAUGUGUUUUCUUACGAACAAGGGGAGUCAGGUGAACGGACUGACAAUCGUAGGCAGAACAGUCUGCCUGAGGAUACCAAGUAUUUUCAGUAUCUAAACUUCUUUGGUGACGGCUCAUACAAUGCAGGAUCGAAACGUGGCAAUGAUCGGCACUACAUAGAACAGCACGAGCAGGGCUCUAACAAUGCGGGAGUAUUUCAAAAACGGGUGAAAUGGGCCGACAAACACGGAGGAUUCGGCGAGCACUAUUGGGAUUUGAAUCAUGUAACAGAUUAGGAUCUAUGUACAAAGUAUAAAAUUGUAAUAAGAGUUGUAAUCGCAUUUUAAAUGAAGAUA